AACAAUUCAAAUCAUAUGUUUUGUUUGUUUACAACACAUUUAUUGCAAAUUUGAAAAAUUAAUUAACUACACUUCUUAAAAGACAAUUAUCUUAAAAAACCUACAAUAAGUACAGUUUUAGUGUAUUUCACAAUGGAAAUGGAUACAAAUUCAAAUGAAGCGACAUCACCAUAUAGUGAAGUGGAAGAUGUAGGAAACACAGAAGAAAUAUCUGUAAAGUCUAGCGAUGAAGUAGAAAUUGAUUGGGACGCUUUGAUCGCCAAUACCAACAUCACUACCAGACCAAUAAAUAGUAAACCGCGUCGUACAUUUGAAGAAUAUGUGUCAACACAAAAGGUAUAUGAUGUGCUCAAAGAUCCUGAUGAAGAUACGGCCGCUACUACAACAAAUUCAAUAGAAUUGAAAAAAACUGCAACCACAACAACAAAUACAAUUUCAACUAUGCCUGCUACUACAAAAAAUACAACAGAAUUUGACAAAAGUACGACGAGUUCUGUCGCAAAUCCACUGAAAAAUUAUAUCAGUAAUGCACAGCCUCUAGAAGCAACAACAACAACAAAUACUACAAUUUCAACUACGGUUGCUACUACAACAAAUACAAUAGAAUUGGAGAAAAGUACGACGAGGUCUGUCGUAAUGCCACUGAAAAGUGAUAUCAGAAAUGUCGAGUCUCCAGAAGCUACAGCGGAAACUAAAAAUUACACCAGCAAUUCCGCAUCAUCAGCUAGUACGACAAUCGCUGCAACAACGACAAAUGAAAUCACAACGACUAACACCGCACCAAUUGCUGCUUCUUCUGCUAAUAGUAUCGCAAAACUGACAUCAUCAAUUAAAAAGUCCGUCAUGCGCCCAGUACAUAUUCCGCUUUCAAUUGCUUCGAAAGCACAUAAAUCUAUAACUCUGAAAGGACAGAAAAUACCAAUGCAUCCUUUAAUUAAAUCCCGUAAUUGCGUAUUAAUUUCAACAAGAUCAAGCUCAACUGCUGGCAGUAAGGGUAUCAUUAAAUUUAUACCGAGAAAUUCUUACCCUGAAAAAUACGUGGCGGAUAAAUGUUACGAUUCGAACACAACCGAUUCAAAUAGUGGUGAAGCAUUUAGUAUCAAAGAAUCAGACGAAGUGGCAGCUGUUGAUGAACCUAUAGUCGACAAAGAAGAUUUGGUCACAACAUCGGACAACAACGCAGAAACUGCCAUUAAUAUACCCAUAGUGCCACUGGUAGGAAAACGUAAAUGUACUGAUCCAGCAACGAUGCCGAUACUUUCGUUUUCAUAUCAAAAAUCACUUGCAGAUUAUAUACGUAAAGCAAAAGAGUUUCACAAACGCGCAAAAAUGUGUUCUGCAGCACAAUUAACAACAAUUGGAAAUUCGAAUAGUAGUGAAGAGAAUGUGGUUUCAAACGAUAUCGAGAGUGUAAAUUCAAUAGAUGGAAACGAUGAGACGAAUAUGGAAUGCGAUGACGAAAGUAAUGUUGCAAAAUGUAAAAGCAAUGAAAACCGACAAGAAAUGGAUGUGGAGCAGACGACGAAUACAAAAUCUGAAAUCAGUGAAAAUGUAACAGCUACGAAAACAACAACAACAUCCAUGGAAGUAACCAAAACCACAAAUAACAGAAAAGAUAUGGAAAAAACUGAAAGCAUCGAAAAAAUACAUACUCCACUGGAUUCAAAUGGUAGCAGAGAUAACUUAGAAAAAGUGGAGUCAGCCGAAGACGCAGAGGCUACCAAAGAUGUGGAAUCAACUGCACGCACAGAUAAAUUGAAAAUUUUGGAAAAAGCCGAAACACUAAAAGAUGUGGAAUCAAAUGAAAGCAUAGAUAACGUAAAUGCCGUGAAAUCAAUCGAAAUCACGAAAAAUCAAAUAGAUAACAAAUCUGCUGAAGGCACAGAUAUCCAAAACGAUGUGGAAUCAGGAGAAGAUACCAAAAACAGAAAGGAUAUCGAAUCAGCUAAAAGAUCCAAUGACUUAAAAGAUGUGGAAUCAUCCGAGGGAAUCAAAAACCUUAAGGAUACCGAAUUAGCUGAAAGCACAAAUGUCCUAAAAGAUGUGGAAUCUGCCAAAGACACAAAAACACUAGAAGAUAUCGAAUUAGCUGAGAGCACAGAUAACCUAAAAGAUGAGAAAUCAGCCGAAGGCACCGAAAAUCCAAUAGACAUCGACUUAUCUAAAAGCAUAGAUAACGAAUCUAGCAAUGUCGAAUCAGAUGAAGCCACAAAAACACUGGAAGAUAUCGAAUCAGCUGCAGGUACAGAUAACCAAAAAGAUAUGGAAACAGUUGAAGAUGUAGAUAACACUAAAAAUAUUACAACAACAUCAGAUACGGGUAGCCAAAUAGAUAUUGAAUCAGAUUUAUGUACCUAUGAAAUAUUUAAUAAUAUUAGUGGUAUUAGUAAUGCAAACCGUAAUCAGCUAACCCAAACAAAAGACAGCACAGUAAAGAUUUUGAAAAAUAUUUGGGAAUUAAAAGAAAAAGUGCAACAACAAGCCGAAGAAAUUAUGUCACUAAAAGCUGCAAUGAAAUUUUUAAAUACAACAAAUGUGUUGAAUAAAUCUUAGUUGACUAUGUUAGCUAGCAUUAAUAUUGUGUGAUUAUAACUAAAGUAUAUUUAAAUAUGUGUUUGAAAUAUUUGUAUGCAAAUAAAUAUAAUAUUGUUA